ACCGGAAGUGCGCCGCGGGGGGGAGGGUACGUAGGUACAGCCCGAGAAGCCCGAGAAAAACGAGCGCGCUCUGGGUGGCUCUGGCAGCCCGGGGGUAGCCAAAGCGAAGAGCCCCACUUGCUCCGCAGAACACACGGAGAACACCUUGCUCGGAGUGGGCGCUCGUGGAGAACGGGCUUGCGACGCACCGCACGCGAACGUUGGACCUUGUCGACCUCACUGAGCAACGUGACCAUUUUCGUCCGGGACCUGCACGAACGUGCUGCUGUAGUCAUGUCUGCACACUCUCCCGAGCACAAAGUGACCACUAGCCGCAGCAUACCGACUCGGCGGAUUGUCAUCAACGAUGCGAGUCAGCUGCCUCAAGACUACAGCUCGACGCCCGGGGGCACCAUAUUCUCCACCACUCCGGGAGGCUCACGCAUCGUCUAUGACCGGAGCUUCCUUAUGCAGAUGCGCCACUCUCCAUUGGCCCAAACGCCACCCAAAAACUUGCCUGUGAUCCCUGGGGUGACCCUUUCCAGCAGCCCAGAUGUCUCCAAGGCCAGUGGAUCUCCCAUGAAGCCCACAGAGAAUGGUGCUUUGUCAUCUCCAAUCAAGGGUGCCAAGCCUGAAGGAUCGGGUGACGAACCACAGUUUGCAAUGGACAUCUAGUCCGACCAACAAGUGCCAAGCUAUUUCUUUGACUCGUCUCGGCCAAGUGCACCACCUCUUUGUAUUUUUCAUAUUGCUCCAGUACGGAGUGCCACCAGUGUCAAAUGGUGGCUGAAUUGCCUUGAUGCAUUCUUUUUGUUUCCUUUGGCGAGCACGACAAGCAAGUGGGCGCACAAUUUUUUUCUGUUUUGUUUCUUUGGUGUGUGAAAAUGUGGUGCCCAGUUUCUUUGGUGUGUGAAAAUGUGGUGCCCAGGUAAGUAAUUAUGGGCUAGCAGCAAUGUGACUUGAUUUUUCUUUUUAGCUGAAAUUGCAUUUUCUCGUAUAUUUACCUGCAGAGAGCAGUAUAGCAUGCACUCAAUGAGUGUUGUUUUUUUUUAAUUAUCUCACCAACGAAACAAAAGCCUGCAGUUGCAGCCUGUGGAAGAUUGCCUUCUCUCAUUUCCUGUAGGGCUAGAUGACAGAUAUUUUUUAAAGAUUGGGUGCAACAUCUUUUACUUUUUUUACCACUUCUUGCUAUGGUACCACAGGAACCAUAUUCCUUUUAAAGGUUUGCAUUGGGAUCAGAACUAAAAAGGAGUGGGACUUGUGUUCCAAUCCUUCAGAAGAACGGCUAUUUGGGCUAGUUGGUUAGAAUCCAUGAUGAAUACAUGAAUCCAUGGUUAGAAUUCAUGGGCUUCAGCGCGAGCACGAAGGUGCUCGCGCUGCAGCCCUUAUCAAUCCUUCAGGUAGGUUCACCUCGUUAACUUCAACUUUGUAUUGCUCAGUCUUUAAUAAAGUUUCUAGGGGAGAGUGAAGGGAGAGUGUGAAAAUAUUGGUUUCUUUCUGAUUUGUGGGCUUAGUCGGUCCUUUGUGUUUGUCGACCAGUUGCACUGUCUAGUGAUGGUCUUCCAAAAUUAAAUUGCUUUUAUAUGUAUUCACAGAUGCGGCCACCUUAUUAGUUACCGACUGAUAUGGUUGGUAUAAUUACAAUCUAACACUACGACUCGUACAGAUGUGCGUGUCUAAUUGCUGUUGCAGCUCGGGGCUCAUUUAGAAUCUAGCUGACAUUUUUUUUUAACUUUGUGCUUCUUGGAAAAACCUAUUGAAAUGUGUGUUGAGCUGAUUAGACAAGCUGCAUUGAUGAUGCAUAUUUCUUACAAAUUCCUUUUUUGUUGUCUUUGUUCUUAUUGUAAUGCACCAAACGAAGCCAAAGGUGCAUAGUUUUUUUUGUAAGACCUUGCUUUUUUUUACCAGUGUAGUGAACAUUUAACAAUGACACAAAUGCUUGUGCCAUCUCAGAUUUUAUGUGAUGUUCUUUCCUGAAGGAUAUGGCUUCACGUAGCAUUAUGUUGUUGAGUAGUGCCUCAGUGUUUGAGAAAGGUGGGAAGAAAUGUCAAUGGCAGGGUUGCGCAGUGCUUGGUUUCUUGUUGGCCAUUCCCUUUUGUUUGUUUAUGUUGUUUGGAUGUGCUUUUGGAAUCAAAAUUCUAGAAGACAUGUUUUUCAAAAGUUUGUUGGCUCAAUAAAAAUACAAAAGCUCAUGA